GUGUGGACAGAGUGAAGAACACAAGAGGGUUCAAAUGGGAGAGAGAUUAGGAGGUUGGGCUAUGAAUCUUCUCAGUAUUUUACUACCCAUGUGGGUUUCCUCUUCCUUGUUCCCAAUAAUUGAUGCCAGUCCACAGCUCCCUGGGUUUUCAAUUUCUAGGACCAGACCACAAUCCAUUCCUCUCAUUGUGGCCAAAAUGGAAGCUCAAUCCCCAGGAGCUGCAGAUGUUAGAGUAGUUCAUCACCAAGAUUUGAACAAGAGAAUUCUUGUAGCUUUGGUUGUUUCUUCCACACUUCUUGGAGCUAUACUGCUGUUCCUUUUGUGUUUUUGGAUAUAUCGUCGAAAAACGUCGAAUCUUGAUGAUGAAAAAUGUCGAAAGAAUUCGGAGGGUUCGAAAGGGGUGACGUUAAAUCCCAUCAUAUCCAGGUUUAACUCACUGAGGUUAGCUAACUUUAAAGGUUCGGUUUCGACGUUCGACUAUAAACUGUUGGAAGCUGCUACUGAUAGCUUCAGCAAAAACAAUGUCUUGGGCCACGGUGGUUCAGGACAUGUUUACAAAGCUUGCUUCAAUGAUAAAUUGCUGGCAGCUGUGAAGAGAAUUGAUAAUGGAGGAGCGGAUGCUGAAAGAGAAUUCGAGAAUGAGUUGAGCUGGUUGUGUAAAAUACGACAUCAAAACGUAAUCAAACUCUUGGGACAUUGCAUUCAUGGAGAAACACGGUUUCUCGUUUACGAGAUGAUGCAUAAUGGAUCUUUGGAGUCUCAGUUGCACGGACCUUCUCGUGGAUCGGCUUUAACUUGGCAUCUCCGGAUGAAGAUUGCUGUCGAUGUUGCAAGAGGAUUGGAAUAUCUUCAUGAGCAUCGAAAUCCCCCUGUCGUUCAUCGGGAUUUGAAAUCGUCGAAUAUCCUUCUCGAUUCGGACUUUAACGCCAAACUCUCUGACUUUGGCCUUGUUGUCAACUUGGGAGCUCAAAACAAAAACAUAAAGCUCUCGGGAACGUUGGGUUAUGUCGCCCCGGAAUACCUUUUAGACGGUAAACUAACUGAUAAGAGCGAUGUGUAUGCUUUUGGCGUUGUUCUUCUCGAGCUUCUAACUGGGAAAAAGCCUGUCGAGAAGACGGGACCGACUCAUUCCCAAUCUCUAGUUUCAUGGGCGAUCCCGCAGCUCAGCGACAGAUCAAAGCUACCGAAAAUUGUCGAUCCUGUGAUAAAGGACACGAUGGAUUUGAAGCACUUAUACCAAGUUGCUGCUGUAGCAGUGUUAUGUGUACAAUCAGAACCGAGCUAUCGACCGUUAGUAACCGACGUUCUGCAUUCCCUCAUCCCUCUCGUACCAGUAGAGCUUGGAGGAUCUCUUAGAAUUACAGAACCCCUGCAUCCAAAAGUGCGUUCAUCGACCCGGUAAAUGAUAGUAGGAAACUGAAUGAAUUCAUUGCUUAGUUCCGUGACAUAGUACACGGGUCGAAACGGGAAGAUUCGAUUUCGUGUCGUCGUUACAAGACAGUUUCUUGUUUGCCAUUUAUGUAACUCUGAUUUAUGUUGAUCAGAUGCUGUCUUAUUUACAAAUGAAAAUAUAUAUAUUUUGGGAGGAGGCAGCUCUCUUGCAUUC